CGGACUUUUGUUCGCGUGAACAUAGCAAAGAAACAGUCGUAGUAGGUUUGAUGUUAUCUGAUGGGAGUUUUUGUAUCGCGUAUAAAAAAAAAUCGCGUUAAACUAAAAACAAGUUGAAAAUGACAUAUAUUACCUCAGUAGCCACACUUGUGUUCUCCCGUCGUCUGUCCUUCACUUUGUCCAUUUUUAAAAGCAUAAAAAAUUACAUUCACCUUUUAAAAAGUGUUUAAAGCAGUCGGCCACGACGAACACGGAAGUUAUUAUCUUCUUUGUUGGUUUUCAAUCUCUGCACUCUGCUACCCUCUGGUGUUAUAUAACCAUCAAAACCACGUGUGUGUUUUUGUUUGUUUGUUGUUGUUUUUUAACCUCGCUGUAUUUAGUUCGUUUUAACUUUAAAAAGUGAUUCUUCAUAUUUAAUCAAAUUAAAUUUUGUUAAACCCACCGUCAAGUAUUAUUUAUAGCAGGCUGUCGAGACAGGUGAAGAGAAUUACGAGUGAGUUGUUCCUGGACGUUUCUAAUCGGAUUAGAUGACAUUUGGAGACCGUUUGAGCGUCUGCUAACACUUGAAAGACUAAUCCUUACUUUCUUUUCUUCUUUAAACCUCAUAAAAUGCCUCUUUUUGUGAACCGUGACCAGGUUUUUGCUCACCAGGUCCACCUGCUGGAACACAAACUGAGAACUAAAGAAGAACGGAUACUGGAGUUGGAGACGGAAAAUGCAAUUCUUCAUAUAAGGCUUGCGGAGUCCUUGGGGAAACUGCAUCAAGAACAUGAAGAAAACACCAAAGCCCUCAAACGUCAACAACAAGAAGAAGAGGAGAAGAAGAUCACCUGCUUAGCAAUUGUCAAACUCAUUUCUGACGUCCAGGCUUUGAAGCAGUGCCUUAGUGAGGUUUUUGCAGUCUAUGUGAGUUUUGCUACUGAGCUGGACGAGCAGAGUAAGCAGCUUCAGAAGGAGCUGACACAACAGAGCAGCUGUUCUCUGAAAGGAUCCAGAGGAGAUGAGAGUCAAAAUUUACAGGCUCAGUUGACGGCUCUGGAGCACUCUCUGGAGGAGGAGCGGGUGAAGUGCAACGCAGAGAGGCAGAGAAGGAAAGACCUUCAUAACACGCUGGUGGAGCUCCGAGGGAACAUCCGUGUCCACUGCCGAGUGCGUCCUCUUCUACCUUUCGACCAAGUCCAGUCCCCGCUUCUUGGGUCAGGACCGGUGUCCUCGGAGCAAAUUGUGCAUGCGAUCAGUGAUGACACAGUGGUAGUCAACUGCAUGAAGGCGGGAGUGCCAGCGCAAAGCAAGAUGUUUGAGUUUGAGAGGGUGCAUGGCCCAGAAGAUUCCCAGGAAACUGUAUUUGAGGAAAUCAAGCCUCUCUUAACAUCUGUGCUGGAUGGCUACAACGUAUGCAUUAUGGCAUACGGGCAGACAGGAAGUGGGAAGACUCACACUAUGAUGGGAUCACCUGCGUUUGGCAGCCGCUCAGGGCUGCAGCAAGGAGUCAUUCUCAAGGCCUCCGCGGAGUUAUUUCGGCUGAUCUCCGAGAAGCCUCCCUCCAGCCACACGGUGGAGAUGUCGGUGAUCGAGGUGUACAACAACGAUGUGUUGGACCUGCUGUCUGGGGACGACCAACCAAACGUCAGCGCAGUCCAUCGCCGGGAAAGCGUCUCUACAUCCUGCAGUUCCAGCCAGGUCUCCUCCCUCACACAGGAGCCUGUAAGUGAUACUUGUGACGUGACGCACAUCAUGAGCAGAGUGGUGAAGAUCAGAGCUCAUUGUCCCACCCUAGUGCACGCCGACUCCUCACGUUCCCACCUCAUUGUCACGCUCACUAUUUCCUCCAAGAGUCCCAAUGCUCGAGCCCUGGCACGCAGGCUGCAGAGCGCCAAGAAGAGCAUGCAACACCCCACACAGGAGCGGUGGAGCCCACGGGAUGAUUGCCUUGGAAGCCCCGCCUCUUCCCCUUGUCCUUCCCCGUCACAGUCUCCCUGCACCUCCCCAAGAUUGGGCACCACCCGGGCUGUGUUCAAGACCAAGCUGCAGUUUGUGGACCUUGCAGGGAGUGAGUGUGUUGAUAUGACUAGAGUUUCAGGCGCAGCCCUGUGGGAGGUGUCCUGCAUCAACCGCAGUCUCUCUGCCCUCUCAGACGUCCUUGGUGCGCUGGCCGAGCAGAGAUCUCACAUCCCUUACAGGAACAGCAAGCUCACACACCUGCUCAAGGACGCCAUAGGUGGCGACGCAAAGCUAUUGGUGAUGCUAUGCGUGUCUCCAACACAACGCUACUUCACCGAGUCCCUGCAGACUCUGGGAUUUGGUGCACGGGCCCGCCAGGUCCAACGAGACCCAUCAAGGAAAAAAAGCAACACAUUGAAAAGUUGUCCGUCUGCAUCCCGGGAGAACGACCCCGCAGUUAGCUGCAAGACCCACACCUGACAACUUUUUUUUAAAGUACUGUUUAAUUUUCCCAUAUUCAAACAGUGUUACUGUUCAAACUGGGUGUAAUGUGGCCAACAAUAAUAAAUAUAAUUAUGUAAAACAUCUGCCUUGUUUUGAAUGAGUAGUUAGCCCUACUACGCUACGGUAUUUUAAUGUUGGUCAUAGUGGUACUUGGAAAGCCAACUGUUUUCUGAAGUAGUACUUGGUGAAAAAAAGCACUUUUGCCAAAAGUAUUUGGCCACCCAUCCAAAUGUUCAGAAUCAGGUGUCCUAAUCACUUGGUCCCGCCACAGGUGUAUAAAAUCAAGCACUUAGGCAUGGAGACUGUUUCUACAAACAUUUGUGAAAGAAUGGGCCGCUCUCAGGAGUUCAGUGAUUUCCAGCGUGGAACUGUCAUAGGAUGCCACCUGUGCAACAAAUUCAGUCGUGAAACUUAAUGUGACCUUCCAAUUAGCCCAUGUAAAGUACGCAGAGAGCUUUAUGGAAUGGAUUUCCCUGGCCGACCAGCUGCAUCUAAGCCAUACAUCACCAAGUCCAAUGUAAUGCGUCGGAUGCAGUGGUGUAAAGCACGUCGCCACUGGACUCUAGAGCAGUGGAGAUGCAUUCUCUGGAGUGAUGAAUCACGCUUUUCCAUCUGGCAAUCUGAUGGACGAGUCUGGGUUCUGAGGUUGCCAGGAGAACGCUACAUUUCGGACUGCAUUGUACAGAGUGUGAAAUUUGGUGGAGGAGGAAUUAUGGUGUGGGGUUGUUUUUCAGAAGUUGGGCUGGGCCCCUUAGUUCCAGUGAAAGGAACUUUACAUGCCCCCAACCUUUUGGGAACAGUUUGGAGCGGGCCACUUCCUCUUCCAACAUGACUGUGCACGAGUGCACAAAGCAAGGUCCAUAAAAACAUAGAUGACAGAGUCUGGUGUGGAGCAACUUGACUGGCCUGCACAAAGUCCUGACCUGAACCCAAUAGAACACCUUUGGGAUGAAUUACAACGAAGACUGAGAGCCAGGCCUUCUUGACCAACAUCAGUGUGUCACCUCACCAAUGUGCUUUUGGAAGAAUGGUCAAAAAUUACUAUAAACACACUCCGCAACCUUGUGGAAAGCCUUCCAAGAAGAGUUGAAGCUGUAAUAGCUGCAAAAGGUGGACCGACAUCAUAUUGAACUCUAUGGGUUAGGAAUGGGAUGGGUAUUCAAGUUCAUAUGUGAAUAUGUGAGUCAAGGCAGGUGGCCAAAUACUUUUGACAGUAUAGUGUAUUUAGGAUGUGACAGGCUGCUUGUGCGAAUGCGACAUAUAUUGACCGUAUGUGGCAAGAGGAGCUCCUCCUCAAAGUGACAGCGACAUUCAUUUUGUGACAAAUGUUCGUACAUACCCUGCCUUUCCUCCCCAACCUUUUGAUUAUUAGAUUUUGUAAACAUAGUUUUUCCCACCGGUGGGCAAAGAGGGUCCAAGUUAUUGUCAAAGAGGAUUCAUUAGAGUUUUAUUAAUUCAAGCAAAUUGUAACAGUUACAUAAGUUACAUGAUAUUAAUCUUUUUUCCUCUGUCUUCCGAACCAGGCUUUUCUGCCGCCUUUCCCCAUCCCCUCCGUCCUUCCUCAUCCCCCCCAAACAUAGAAAGAGCAAAUCCAUACAAGCGCAGGCAAGUAAGAAGUAGUAACGGCACGAUACAUUCAUCAACUCAACGACACGUGUUGUUUUUUUGUACGGACAAUAAGGCAAGUCGAAGAAAGAACAGGACAGACAGAAAUGAUGGCCGAACGUCUUAAUCACACAAAACUGUUUUUUUUUUCCCCAUAGAAGCAAACGAGGUAAGGCCUCUCGUUACACAGUAAAGGGUAUCUCUGUGUGUGUGGAGGGGGAAGCUGCCUUCAUUGUUGGUGUAUGAAUUGUACCUGGACUAAAUAUUAAUUUGGGACAACUACAGCGACAUCCAUUCACAGGUGUCCAUGUUUGUGACAAGUAAAAUACUCUUAAAAAUAAUGGCUCAGAGAUUCGUCUUUCCUGAUAUGGACAAGCAUGUGUGGCCCUUGGAGGACGCCACACCACCUGGACAGGGAGAGACGCUCCAAGCGUGUAUUUCCCUGGGGUUAAAGGUCGUGCAGUCCUUCGAUCAAACACACUGUUUUGUUCUGAGGCUACAUGAAGCAAUGGAGCCUGAGAAAACUGCAGGUAUGUUGAUAAAAAACAAAAAAGCGGAAAAAAAGAGCAUGUAAUAUUAUUAUAUCCAUCCACAAAGUGGUGAAAAUGUGCUAAAGAACUAAUUGCAUCAUGCCUUCAUGUCUUUUUUCUGUUUUCUUUUAUACAUUACAGGUAAGACACGAAAAAAAAAGAAAAGGAAAAAGUGGUUAUUCUUAAAAGAAAACAGAACGGAAUGAAGUCCGGAACCACUAAAAAAAGACCACAACACGGACAGCAAUGGGAGUUCUCCACGACAAGACAGACGCAAAAGGAAAAGAAGGUGUCCGCAGGCUGACUAUCAUUCCAUCCAGUCCCCCUCGUCAAACUCUGACUCGUCCUCCGAGUCGGAGUACUCCACGGCGAUGCGUCGGGACAAGAUGGUGGCCACGUCGUUGCCCACUCGCUCGUGUUUAGCCUCUUGCUCUCGCUGCUCCUCCACCUUUCGCAGCUGAAUGCCUAAAGAAGGCGAGAGAAAAGUAAAAAAGGUAAGGCUUAAGACACGUUUUCAUUGUGUAAAAAAGUACCUCAAUUUACCAGCUUAAUUGGUUCUGUCACUCAGUACAUGUCCAUGCUCUAAAUUACUUCGAUUUCUCAAAUAGUUUAGCUCUAAAUAAGCCUCCUACACCCCAUGAACACUCCUCAAUCCGAUUGUGUUCGGUUUUGAAAAAGCAGACUAACACACCUAGAUUCCAUCCAUUUCCUACCGCUUGUCCCUUUUGGGGUCGCACGGGGUGCUGGAGCCUAUUUCAGCUGCAUUUGGGCAGAAGGCGGCGUACACCCUGGACAAGUCAUCACCUCAUGACAGGGUUAACACAGACAGGCAACAUUCACACUCACUUUCACACACUAGGGCCAAUUUAGUGUUGCCAAUCAACCUAUCCCCAGGUGCAUGUCUUUGGCGGUGAGAGGAAGCCGGAGUACCAGGAGGGAACCCACGCAGUCAUGGGGAGAACAUGCAAACUCCACACAGAAAGAUCCCGAGCCCGGGAUUGAGCCCAGGACAACUCAGGACCUUUGUAUUGUGAGGUACAUGCACUAACCCCUGUUUUCACCGUGCUGCCCACACCUAGAUUAUGCUACUGAAAACCAGAUCUCUGUAGUGAAUGUGUGCCGCCCGAGGGGACUUUUUGUAUAGCACGUUUGCCAGUCUUAAUGCGGGUCAUGUAACCCGGAAGCAGAUACAAUUCAAUAAUAACAUAAGCAAAAAUUAUAAUGAAGAGGAAACUGUUUAUUUGCUUCACAAAUUAGAAUAAUGGAACAUUCUGAAGUGCAUCGAAAGAAGCACUAUUUAAGAAGGUAGAUUAGGAACCCCGAACGAAAUAGGAAUGAGAUGGAAGAGAAUGAAGCAGGUAUAUUACGAGGCAAAUUAAAAAACGUACACAUACCUCUUGACGCUGCAUUAGUGCACUUCAAACUUGAUUACCAAUAACUCUGUAUUCCACACUACUGGUAAGCCUGUACAGAACAGUAGCAACCCUCAUCUAGAACAGUAUCCGGCAGGGCACACACUGUCUUUUGAUUUGGAUUUAAAAGUGUCCACAGAACUUUCCUCCAGAAGGUCUUAUCUUUGUCCAUGUGAUGUCAAAUGAAACAAAAAAUUAGCUGUUUGGCCACAAUACCCAGCAAUAUGUUUGGAGGAGAAAAGGUGAGGCCUUUAAUCUCAAGAACACCAUACCAACCGUCAAGCAUGGUGGUGGUAGUAUUAUGCUCUGGGCCUGUUUUGCUGCCAAUGGAACUGGUGCUUUACAGAGAGUAAAUGGGACAAUGAAAAAGGAGGAUUACCUCCAAAUUCUUCAGGAAAAAUUAAAAUCAUCAGCUCGGAGGUUGAGUCUUGGGCGCAGUUGGGUGUUCCAACAGUACAAGGACCCCAAACACAUGUCAAAAGUGGUAAAGGAAUGGCUAAAUCAGGCCAGAAUUAACAUUUUAGAAUAGCUUUCACAAAGCCCUGACUUAAACGUUCGGACAAUGCUGAAGAAACAAGUCCAUGUCAGAAAACCAACAAAUGUAGCUGAACUGCACCAAUUUUGUCAAGAGGAGUGGUCAAAAAUUCGACCAGAAGCUUGUGGAUGGCUACCAAAAGCGCCUUUUGCAGUGAAACUUGCCAAGGGACAUGUAACCAAAUAUUAAAGGCCUACUGAAAUGAGAUUUUCUUAUUUAAACGGGGAUAGCAGGUCGAUUCUAUGUGUCAUACUUGAUCAUUUUGCGAUAUUGCCAUAUUUUUGCUGAAAGAAUUUAGUAGAGAACAUCGACUAUAAAGGUCGCAACUUUUGGUCGCUAAUAAAAAAGCUCUGCCUUUACUGGAAGACGCAGACGAUGACGUCACCCGUGUGAGGGCUCCUCACAUCCUCACAUUGUUUAUAAUGGGAACCUCCAACAAAAAGAGCUAUUCGGACCGUGAAAACGACAAUUUCCCCAUUAAUUUGAGCGAGGAUGAAAGAUUUGUGGCUGAGGAUAAUGAUAGCGAAGGACUACAAAAAAAAAUUAAAAAAAAUAAAGUUAAGAAAGGCGAUUGCGUUGUGAGCGAUUCAGAUGUUUUUAGACAUAUUUACUAGGAUAAUUCUGGGAAAUCCCUUAUCUUUCUAUUGUGUUGCUAGUGUUUUAGUGAGAUUAUAUAGUACCUGAUAGUCGGAGGGGUGUGUCUACGGGUGUCUUGACGCCAGUCUCUGAGGGAAUUAGUCACGGCAGCAGCAGCACGACAGAAGUUCCGCUGAUCUCCGGUAAGAGGCGACUUUUUACCACAAUUUUCUCACCGAAACCUGCCGGUUGGCAAGUAGUCGGGAUCCAUGUUCGCUUGACCGCUCUGAUCCAUCGUAAAGCCUCACCUCCGGGAAUUUUAAACAAGGAAACACUGUGUGUUUGUAGGGUUAAAGGCUAAAGCUUCCCACCUCCAUCUUUCUACUUUGACUUUUCCAUUAUUAAUUGAACAAAUUGCAAAAGAUUCAGCAACACAGAUGUCCAAAAUACUGUGUAAUUGCACGAUGAGAAAAGACGACUUUUAGCCGCUAGUGGUGCUGCGCAAAUAUGUCCCCUCCAACUCACGCGCACGCGUCAUCAUUCCGCCAAGUUUUCAACAAGAAACUCCGCGGUAAAUUUAAAAUUGUAAUCUAGUAAACUAAACCAGCCGUAUUGGCAUGUGUUGCAAUGUUA